AUGAAAUUAGCUGAUUUGCCAUUAAAAGUAAAAGUUAAAAUUCCAACCGGUAGGGAGUAUGAGCAACCUACAGGGUUAUUCAUCAACAACGAGUUUGUUUAUCCAAAACAGAAAAAAACGUUUGAUGUUAUCUCACCUACCAAUGAAGAGUCUAUCACUUCGGUGUAUGAAGCUCUUGAAGAAGACGUAGAUAUUGCCGUUGAAGCUGCUAAUGCUGCUUAUCCUAGAUGGUCAACAUCACCUCCAGCUGUUAGAGCCAAGGUUUUGUACAAGUUGGCUGAUUUGAUUGACGAGAACGCUGACUUGUUGGCUGAGAUUGAAACUUUUGACAAUGGUAAAUCCUUGAUGAACUCAAAGGGUGAUGUUGCAUUGACUGCCGCUUACUUUAGAUCCUGUGCUGGUUGGUGUGAUAAGAUUUUGGGUAAUUUGAUCAACACAGGUGCCACUCACUUGAACUAUACUCAGAGAGUGCCAUUAGUUUGUGGACAAAUCAUUCCAUGGAACUUCCCCAUCUUGAUGUUGUCGUGGAAAUUGGGACCAGUUUUGGCAUCAGGAUCCACCACGGUUUUGAAAUCUGCCGAGUCUACCCCCUUGUCGGCAUUGUAUGUUGGUAAGUUGUUAGUCGAAGCUGGUAUGCCAAAGGGUGUUGUCAACAUCAUCUCUGGUUUCGGUAACCCUGCAGGUGCUGCUAUUGCAUCACAUCCUAAAUUGGAAAAGGUUGCAUUUACCGGAUCAACUGCGGUUGGACGAAAAAUAAUGAAAGCAGCUGCUGAAUCCAACUUGAAGAAAGUUACUUUGGAAUUGGGAGGUAAAUCACCAAAUAUUGUUUUCAAUGAUGCUGACAUUGAUCGCACUAUUCAAAAUUUAGUGAUGGCUAUCUUUUACAACUCAGGUGAAGUUUGCUGUGCUGGUUCACGUGUUUUGAUCCAAUCUGGUGUCUAUGACGAGGUUUUGGCCAAGUUCAAGAAAGCAGCUGAAAGCAUCAAAGUUGGCAAUCCAUUUGACCCAGAAACCUUUAUGGGUGCACAAGCAUCAGAGAUUCAAUUAUCUAAGAUUUUAAAUUAUAUUGAAUCAGGAAAAGGACAAGGAGCUAAGAUCCUCACAGGUGGCCAAAGGUGUCAAGGUAAAGGUUUCUUCCUUCAACCAACCAUCUUUACCGAUGUCAAGGAUGACAUGAAGAUUGUAAAGGAAGAGAUUUUUGGUCCCGUUGUGUCAAUUAUCAAGUUUGAUACCGUUGAAGAAGCCAUCGCCUUGGCAAAUAACACAGAGUACGGUUUAGCAGCUGGUAUCCAUACUAGUAACAUCAACCAAGCCAUCCAUGUCUCCAACAAGAUCAAUGCUGGUACCGUAUGGAUCAACACAUACAAUGACUUUAAUCCAAUGGUUCCAUUUGGUGGCUUCCACUCUUCUGGUAUUGGUAGAGAAAUGGGAGAGGAAGUGUUCCACGAAUACACUCAAUGUAAAGCCGUCAGAAUCAAAUUGCUGCUUCCAGGUACAAAACUCUAA